AGUGUAAACAUUCGAUGUGUUGCUCUGGUAGCGUUCGGGUGUGUUUUCGCUGUCGAGCGUCGCGUUAGUAUUUUUUCUUGUUUUGCGGUGUUGUACCUACCCGCGCGUUCCGUGCCCCUUGUCGACUGUUUUCACUAUAGGCCGGGGCUCUGCUGACACCCCCACUCGUGUUUACGUGAAUCGGUCGGUGCUGUGUGUGUGUUUGUUUGUGUGUUGUGCGCUGCAUAAAGCACGGCUAUAGAGAAGCAGCGAAAAUGUGAAUAAGUAGAAGAAAAUACACUCAAAGGGAAGCGAAAAAAACCUUUCAAUAAAUUUAGAUUUUUUUUGCUCGCAUCGUUGCCUGGGUGCGUCGCAUGGAUGGGUUGAUGAUAAGAUUCUUUGACUCGUUUUAAGUGUUUUGGCAUUGGAAAAAAUUGCGUUAAAAUCAGCCAAAAUGACGGUGUGGAAAAGCGUUGGUGAUACAAAGAUGCUGGCAAUCGCGAAAGCAAACUACAAUGAGUCCGGCAAAGAGCACAGACUGGAACUGGACGUGGGCGACACGGUGGUCAUUCUACAGGAAGCGGCCAGUUGGUACUACGGAUAUAAUAAAAGCCGCUCGCACACCCGAGGCAUCUUUCCCAAGUGCUACGUCCACAUUGUGGACAGCCGGUCGGUCCGAUCGGUCAGCGGUGUCGGCGAACAGCUGGCAAUCGUGCGCAGUGAGAUCGUCGAGGAAAUCACAACCGUACUCCGGGAGUGGCAGCACCUAUACCGGCAGUUCUACCUACACACCCAUCCCGAUUUUAAGGCAAUCCGGCUGAAAAUGCUGGAGCUGAUUCGGUUGCGAUCGCAGCUCCUAUCCGGCAACCUGCCGGUCGAUGAGAUGAAGGACAUCAAAUUGAAGGCGACUUCGGAGAUUGACACCGGUAACAAAAUUCUCCGGUUGGACAUGGUAGUCCGGGAUGAUAGCGGCAACAUACUGAACAUUGAGCGAACCUCGACGACACAGCUGUACGAGCAUCAUUUGAAUGCGGUCGAUCGGAUUAAGCGAGCGAGUACAUCAAACAACAAAAACCGUAUCGUCGAAUCAAUGAAUCGUCACUCGCACAACCUGUUGCUCUCCGUGCACAAUUUCGUGUGUCGGUUGUGCGAGGAUACGGAGAUUCUGUUCACGCUAUACGACGGAGAUGAGAUGAAGGCAAUCACCGAGAACUACGUGGUCAAGUGGAGUCGCCAAGGGGUGGCAGCCGAUUUGGAUCAAUUCAACAACAUCAAAGUGCUGUUCACCGAUCUUAGCGGGAACGAUCUGAGCCGGAAUCGGAUCUUCUUGGUGGCCUACGUGGUUCGAGUUGGCGCCAUGGAUGGGAAGGAUACUGAUUCUCGUCGUAGCAGUAUGGCCAAUUCGGUCGGUAAUUCCAGUGGUGGGCGGGGUAAGGGUCAGCUAACAAAUCAGAUUAGUGCUCCGGCUAGUCCGGGAGUGGGUGUAACGGCGAAUUUGGGAGGGAACUCGGCGGUGCACGAUCAGCAAAUGAGAAGACCAUUUGGAGUCGCAACGUUGGACUUGAAACCGAUCAUAAAACGUUCGGAAGAUUUUAAGAGUGACACCCAACUGAAGAUGCCGUUUAUUGCGUGCGAGAAGGAAUCGCUGGAUAGCACGCUGCGGAAGCUGAUCACCAACAAGGAUCUAGGUGACAAAAGCGAUUCCGCGAUUUGGAUCAGCGUGGAUAUUUUACACGGUGAUAUCAAACAAGUCAAAGAGGAGUACCCGCAUCUGGUACUGGGGAAUGUGGCAUUCGCUCGGAAGAUGGGAUUUCCGGAAGUUAUCUUCCCAGGGGACGUUCGGAACGACCUCUACCUUACACUAGUCGCCGGAGAGUUCUCCAAGGGUUCAAAGAGCAGUGAUAAAAACAUUGAAGUUACAGCCGUGGUUUGUAACAAGGACGGAGUAGCCAUCCCCGGAGUGAUAAGUUGUGGUGGUGGGGGAUGUGCCCUGAACGAGUACAAAUCGGUGAUUUACUACCACGAGGAUAAACCCAAGUGGAACGAGACGUACAAAAUCGAUGUGCCAAUCGAGGAGUUCAAGCAGUGCCAUCUGCGGUUCACCUUCAAGCACCGCAGCUCCAAUGAGGCCAAGGACCGGACGGAAAAACCGUUCGGUUUGUCCUACGUGAAGCUCAUGAACGACGACGGAACGACGUUGCAACACAAGCGACAUCAGCUGCUCGUGUAUAAAAUCGAUCAUAAAAAGUUCGACCAGGAAACGCAGUACAACUAUCUGCAGCUUCCUACGCUGGCAGAUGAACUAGCCAAUAUUAGUGGCGGAAAACCCUCGGUGAGUGGGUUUAGUUUAGCGUCGAAAGAUAGCUUUACGAUUGAGACGAAUUUGUGUAGUACCAAGUUGACGCAGAAUGUGGACAUUCUGGGGUUGCUGAAUUGGUCUUCACGGAAAGAGAAAAUGGAGGAAUCGCUCAAUGCGUUGAUGAACGUGAAAGGCGAGGAAGUGGUGAAGUUCCUGCAGGAUAUCCUAGAUGCGCUGUUCAACAUUCUCGUGCUGAACGAAGAUCCACCAAAAUUCGAUAAUUUGGUUUUCAAGUGUUUACUACGGCUAAUCGAAAUCGUGUACGAUCUCAAGUACCAGCACUUCCAAUCGGUGCUUGAUCUUUACAUCAACGAGAGCUUUUCGGCUACUUUGGCAUACGAAAAACUUAUCAACGUGGUCCAGACGCACAUCAAGAAUGCGAUCAACAACGUUAGCUGUGAGCGAUCGAGCUCGCUAAGCAUUUACGCAGUAAACGAAAACGACGAAACACUAUUUCGGACGACAAAGUAUCUACAGUACAUCAUGAAGUUUAUCAUUCGAUCGAGGAUUUUGUUUGCCGAUCUGAACCAAGGCAAGGAUCGGGAACUAUUCGAAACGAUGCUGGAGGAUUUGCUGGAGUCAUUCACCGAACUAAUCAAAUAUCAGAAUGAUCUGCUGAAAUCGCAGGGAGCUCUGUUGAAGUAUCUGCACAUCAUAGCUUCGGAUCUGAUGCAAGUGUACGAUCCGAUCAAGCUAAGCAAACGAAUCGUGGAUAUUAUUUCGAAUGUUCCCACGGGUCGACUGAAUCAAUCCAAGAUGACAUGCAUCAAGGAUGUGGUGGACUCAAAGCUUUUCAAAUUACCCCAGUGUAGAGCCAUCCUACUGCCAAUGUUUUGCCGGCAGAUCAAGGACAAGCUAGAAAGCAAGGAGGAGGGCGACUUCAUGUUCGACAUCCGGCAGCAGGAGAAGAACCUGAUCAAGGCGGCCAAGGUGCUGGGGGAGAGCAAGUCACAGCUGCACACGCGCGAAACCACCGCCAAGACGAAGGUGGCCGAGUGCGUCAAUAUCAUGAAUAACAUGUUGGAGCUGUUAUUCCACAGCGAGGAGGAUAUCGGUUCCACCGAUAACGACGUCCGUGAGAUCAUGCAGAUACUGCUGAGAACGGUCAUUCAAAGCUCGAUCGCCAUGGACCGUGAUAAUCCGCUGGUCGGUAAUCUGGUCGCGAUUAUGCUUGGUAUCUUCCGUAGCAUGAAGGAGAAUCACUAUCAGGCGUACGUGCGAAGUUUUCUCACCAGUUACGAUCUGUUGGAUUUUCUGAUGGAGAUUCUGCUGGUGUUCAAAGAGUUGGUGUCCAAGCCGGUGUUUCCGGUGGACUGGUUGGACAUGAUCAUGCACCAGAAUACUGUGAUACUGGAGAGCUUACGGCAUUUUGCCGGCGUGAUUAUGGAGUGGUUCUUUUCGCCGUUCGAGAAGCAGGUUUGGUCGAAUUACUUCCAGUGCUCGAUCACAUUUCUGACGCAGCCGGCGCUGCAGUUGAACCUGUUCAGCAAGACGAAGCAGUCGCUGAUAUUGAGCAACUAUCGGGACAUUCGUAGGGAGACGGCGUUCGAGAUCAGAAAGAUGUGGUUCAACUUGGGGGAACAUAAGAUUAUUUUCGUACCGCAGCUGGUUGGUCCGAUCCUGGAGAUGAGCAUGAUUCCGGAAUUGGAGCUGAGGAAAGCUUCUAUUCCGAUCUUUUUCGACAUGAUGCAAUGCGAGUACUAUAGCUCGAAGUACGUGAUGGAAAGCUACGGGGAUACGAAACGGAACACGAGUCACAUAAAAGGAAAUUUCAACGAUUUCGAGAAGGAGAUCAUCGAGAAGCUUGAUCACUACAUAGAGGGAGGUUACGGAGACGCCGAAUACAAGGACCUGUUUUACGAAAUCAUGCACGAAUCGUGCAGCAAUCAUAACACGCUCCAGUCACCUGGAUUACAGUGCGUUAACGUGUUGACUCGGCUGAUGGAGAAACUGCUGGAAUAUCGGUGUCUAAUCCACGACGAAAGCAAGGAAAAUCGCAUGGCUUGCACGGUUAGUUUGCUGCAGUUCUAUUCCGAGGUGAAUCGCAAGGAAAUGUACAUUCGUUACGUGAACAAACUGUGCGACCUACACAUGGAGUUCGAUAACUUCACGGAAGCUGCCUACACUCUGAAACUGCACAGCAACGAACUAUGCUGGAACGAUUCUCCUUUGUCUGCCCUGCUGAAAUCCAGUCGACACCUGUCAUGCAGUACUCAUUGGGCCCUCAAGGAGAAACUGUACCGGGACAUUAUCGAUCUGUUUGAUCGAGGAAAAAUGUGGGAAUCGGCCAUUGAUAUGUGCAAGGAGCUGUCGCUGCAGUACGAAAACGAAAUCUACGACUAUCUAAGCCUUGCCGAGCUGUACAAAAAGAUGUCCCAGUUCUAUGAAAAGAUUCUACGGGAGAAACGCUAUGAAUCGAACUACUACAGGGUGGCAUUCUAUGGCUAUGGAUUCCCUCAGUUUUUACGCAAUCAGGAAUUCGUAUAUCGUGGCAACGAGUACGAAGACGCCGGUUCGUUCAACACCCGCAUUCUAAGUCAGCAUCCACGGGCGGAGUUGGUUCCAACCUUAAAUCCGGGCCAGGAAAUUCGACAAAGUGAUGGGCAGUUUAUUCAAAUCGUGAAGGUUGAUCCCGUUGGUCGUGAUCGUCGGCUGGGCAAGGACAAGAAAAAUAUUGCGUCGAACAUUGUGAAGUUCUACCAGUCAAACAAUGUGAGCGAAUUUCAGUUCUCUCGUCCGAUUCGGGACUCGUGCGGAGGGGGUGAUGAUAUCGCUAACACUUCGUACGAGCGAACAGUACUGCGUACGACCGAUGCGCUGCCGGGAAUUCUACGGUGGUUCCCGGUGAAGUCUUCCGAGACAUUCAUGAUAUCUCCCAUUGAAAUGGCGAUCGAAUCGGUAGAAGCGAAAAAUCGCAGCAUUCGAGAGCUGGUCCUGGAGCACCAGGCAGAUCCGAACAUUCCGAUUCACUCGCUGAGCGCCAUCAUCCACGGAGUUGUGGAUGCGGCAGUGAACGGUGGCAUUCCGAUCUAUGAGGAUGCAUUCCUGACGCCGGAAUAUGUGAUCCGAUACCCGGAGAACAAUAGAUUUGUAGCGCAGUUGAAGGAUUUGAUAGCGUCGCAAAUACCCCUGCUGGAGGUGGCCAUUCUGGUGCACAAGAUGAAGACUCCAGCUAGCCUGCUACCGUUCCACGAUCGGUUGGAGAAGUGCUUCGCGAGCAUUCAGUCCAGUGUGGAGGAGAAGUACGGCAAGCGCACGACCGACAUCAAGAUCGAUCGGGAGAGCGAAGUGACGUUGAGAAGGCAAAUCUCGGCGCUGCCGCAGGUUAGCAUCGACUCCAGUCGGCUGUCGGAAACCAGUAUUGGAUCAUCGGAUAGUGGGAUUUCUAAGAGCCAGAACAGUCGACCGACGACUACCAGUUCCGGAGGAUUCAAAUCGACCUUCACCAAUUUCGCAACGAACUUCAAUACCGCCAAUCUGACAAGCGACUUUUUCGAGUUCGAUCGGUUGAGCCUGUCCAGCGUCAAGCUAGGGACCAACUCCGGCAAGCUGAUCGCCAACAUUUCCACCAAGUUUGGCAGCAGAAUUCGACAAACAUCCCUCGGAAGUUCCCCCGGUUCGAAGAACAAGAAAGACAAAACGUUAACCAAGCGACGAUCGAGUCGAAAGAUGGAUCGCGACUCAUUGACGCUUCCGGUGUCGAACAGCUUGUUCUAUACGUCACCCAUCACGGUUGCCAGCGAGGUUGGCAGUAGCUGUAGCGAUCGUGACAGUGCCAUUUUCCAAAGUGGACCUCCCAGCAUAAGUACACCGGCCUGUUCGACGCCGACUGGUAGCCUGUGCGGAACCGGUUCGUUAUCGGUGGUGGAGCUAACCGAGGAGCUUCACCCGAAACGGCCGCUUCGUUCGGAGGUAGAAAAGGAGAAACGUUUGUCGCGACCACCGAGCGUCGUCACUCCGACGCUCAGCAUAAAAACUCUCACCAGCGGAGGUCCGGAUACUAACUCCAUCGGCUCGGCCGACAGUAGCAGCAAUCGCAAUUCGAUCAUAACCAACGGUUCCACUACAUCGGAGGAAGACCUAGUUCCACCGCCGCUACCGCUGAAAACCCGUGACAGCGAUUACAGCAAUCUACCGUUGAAUGAUAGCGCUCUGCACCGGCGGAUGUUGGGUGCGGCGAGUCACUACGUUAGCUGCAAACCGUUACCACCAGUUCCAACAGCAGGGGGCAGUACCGCCACCUCCACCACCACGGUCGUUAUCAACUCGUCGUAUGAUGUGGUCGAGACGAGAAACAACCAUGUAAUUGUGAUCGGUGCAUACGACGAGCGAAAGAGGCCACCGACACCUCCUCCGAAACCGGCGAGAAAUUCCAAGGUAUGAGCAAAACUGAAACGCCACUGUGCGGAAACUGAGAAUCAAAAUUUAUCAGUACAAAAGUACCCCCCGUUCGAACGGUUUAGUACAUAAAAGAUGGGAAACGAAUGUGUGCUAAGAUGGGAACGAUAGAUUUUUAGAUAGCGUAAUAUUUGUGUAUCGCGCAAAUUCCAAGUUUUAAACGUUUCGUUCCACGAUAGGUCGGCCUUCCGAGUUUUGAGCCGAACAAAGACAAAUAAGUAUUGCAAUUUACUUGAAAAUUAAAAUCGCAGAGCCAUUUAUUUUAUGUUUUAAACACAGCAUCUUUAUUAGGAGGGCGAAGCCGUUGUUUUCCUUGUUUUUAUUUUAAUCUCCAAAUCGUAGAACUUACGUUGGUGAUACCAACUUUAAUUUCUAGUUAAGCAGAUUUCGAUCAAAAUUUUCAAGAGAUUCUCAUUUCUCUACCAAUUGACAAACAACCAAAGACGAUAGGAUGGAACUUUUUUUACAGCCCUCUUCCAUUAUUACGUAAAUUAGGGUAGGUUAGGGAAUUAUAGUAGGUUAGAGUCAGAGCAGUAUGUGAACUAUUACAGCAACAGGGGAAAGGUAAUUGGUCCAAAUUUGAAGAAUUAUUUAUAGAACAAAUCUUUCGCUAGGAUAAGUUUUGUUGCAUAUCAGAAACAGAUUUUUCUACUUCGACGCAAACCUAGGUACGAUUAUUAGCUAGCUAGUUUAUAACUUAUUUCUUACCAUCGAUGGUGGUAAGCCUCCAUCAUUCGCGCAAUGUCCUAAGUUCUAUAUAUUAGCUGAUAAGGCAACUUUAGAAAGCACAAAUAUAAACAUACUGGUCGCAAUACGUACCGUGCUUAUCUAGCACGGACUUCAGAUUCAA